AUGUAUCGGUCAUCAGGGACUCAGGACCGACAAUUCCGUGAACUUGGUGAGAAUUCAGAGUUGAAAAAAUUCCAUGAAUAUUUGAAAAAAGAGGUGCAGGUCAUUCUUAACAGACAUGGGAUUGCUCCAAGCAGAGAAACAGUGGAGGAUCCUCCAGGCAUUGGUAAACGUGGAGGGCGUAUGAAGACGUCACGUGGUGCAGAUACUGGUUUCAUCAAUAGCCUGAAAAAACAAUGGAGCACAUUAAAACAGUUGGUGGAGUCUCUAGAGGUUCAAGCUUCCCAGGCAAAUGCCGGACAUGUUAUAAGUGUGACUGAUCACGAGAAAGAGUUAACAAGGCUAAGGGAGGAAAUUAUAACUCUGAAGGAGGAACUGCAAAUGAGCAAAGAACUGAUUAGCCAGCAGCAGCAGCUUCUACAGGAUCAGCUGUUGCCAAAGCCUGGUGAAUCGGUCUCCUCACCUUUAUGGGAUGCAUAUUUUCUGGAAGAGCAACUAAGGUUAGAGCAGGAUAGAGAGGCAUUUGAAGAGCAGAAACUGGCCUUCCAAGAUGAGAGGGAAAAAUUCACAGAAGCAGCAAUUCGUCUGGGACGGGAGCGCUUACAGUUCAAGUCGGACCAAGCUCUCUUCAUAAAGCAGCAAUUCCUGAAUAUGACUCCUGGCCUGGGUACGCCCCCUUGGAAGAAUACUCCUCCUUGGUCUGCACUUACUCCAGAUAGUGUCAAACGUUCUCCACGCCAUCCUAAAGUGAGCUUUACUCCCUAUGGUACAAACAAAUCGCAGAGCAAAGUUGGCACUACUCUAGACCCUGCGACUCCCAGUACUGCAGAACUGUACAGAGUCUUGAGACUGGCACCUCCCAGCAGGUGUACUGCAGAAUCACAGAGACCUGUGAGGAGCAUAAAGAGAGAAGAAAUAAAGCCUGAACGUGCCCAGAGAUGGAGUGACAGCUUGUCUUCUAUGAGUGAAUCUUCCGAGCCAGAAGCUUUGCCUCAAUCUAUGCUUCCUCUUAAAAGUAUGACGCCAUAUCUCCGUCCCAGACAAACACCCCUGUCUCUUCCUCGUAAUGCAUAUGAUUCGCUGACUCCCAGCACUGCAAACCUGUUUCGGAUGCGAAAACUGACUCCUUCUACCAGAAGAGGACUAGAGUUGGUUCUGAAGAUGAUUGCACCCAGUCUAGAGAUGAAAAAAGAGAAACCAUGGAAGACCAAGAACAUUCAGUCUGUGAGGAGAGAGCAUGUUGUAGAGAAAGCUCUGAAAUCCUUGAACAGGACUCCCUAUGUAAAACGUCCUCUGUCCAUGAGCGGGAUACUAAAUACUAUAAGGAAGUAUCUUCUCCUAUAG